AUGCGUUUCUCGUACCAUAUCGGGGCUUUAGCGCCCCUGAUGUCAAUAAUUGUCGCCGACCAACUGGUCAUCCCGCAAAAUGAUAGGCUGGCUAGUGCAGCUGUGAGUUUGGCAUAUUCUGAAAUUCAUGCGACCCGUCCAACUAGCAAUGAUACUACGCUUGCGCCAAAUACAGCAAUUACGCCUCAUGUUGAUGCAGCGGAAGCAGCGGCGUAUUGGUAUGAGGGGAUCACCCACCAAGGCAUAUCUGCUUUUGGCGCAUCUGGCUACGUCGUUUAUCGAAAUGUGAAGGACUAUGGAGCUUUAGGGGAUGGUUCCACAGAUGACACAGCUGCGAUCAAUAAGGCGAUUAUCGACGGAGGUAGAUGUGGUCAAGGCUGCAGUUCUUCAACAACGACGCCAGCAGUGAUCUAUUUCCCCGCCGGUACCUACGUGAUUUCCAGUCCUAUCAACCCGGCAUACUUCACGCAACUGAUCGGUAAUCCGAAUGACGUCCCUAUAAUCAAAGCUUCUGCUAGCUUCCCCGAUUCUCAGGGUUUGGCUCUCAUUGAUGCAGACCCUUAUUACACCCAAUACCCGAACUGGGUCACUACGACACUUUUCUACAGGCAAAUCCGCAAUUUCGUCAUCGAUACCACAAAUAUUCCAGCAACUACUUUUAUCAAUGGUAUUCAUUGGCCUACAGCUCAAGCCACCAGCAUUCAAAAUGUUGUCUUUGAAAUGAGUGCGGCGUCGGGAACGCUGCAUGUGGGUCUCUUCUGCGAAAGUGGAUCGGCGGGGUUCCUCAGUGAUUUGACAUUUAAUGGGGGAAAUAUUGGCGCUAAUGUUGGCAACCAACAAUUCACGAUGCGUGGACUCACGUUCAACAACUGCGUAACUGCUAUUUCUCACUCCUGGGACUGGAGUUGGACGUAUAUUGGACUUGUUAUUAAUAAUUGUGGUACUGGUAUCGACAUCAGCGCAGGCGGAGCUGGUUCCCAAGAAAUCGGCAACAUCAUCGUCAUUGACUCAACCAUCUCGGGGACAACAACUGGUGUGAAAACUGCCUAUGAUUCAACAUCCUCAACUGGGUAUACAAAUGGUAGUAUCAUCUUGGAGAACAUUGUUCUUGAUUCUGUAGGAACGGCUGUUGAGGGGCCAAGUGGAAGUCUCUUGGCAGGCGGGAGUACGACAAUUGCAGGCUGGGGACAAGGACAUGAAUACAGCCCAUCUGGACCGACGGCAUUUCAGGGAUCUAUCACACCAAACACGAGACCCUCGUCUUUAUUGAAUGGCGCCAAUUAUUAUCAAAUGAGCAAGCCGCAAUUCGAAACUUUGACCACUGCUCAAGUCCUCAGCGUUAUGAGUAGCGGGGCAAAGGGUGAUGGUACGACAGAUGACACAUCAGCAGUCCAGUCCGCGCUCAACACUGCUGCCUCCGCCGGCCAACUUUGCUUCUUUGACGCUGGAACUUAUCUCGUCACAAGCACAAUCACAAUCCCCCCAGGAUCCAAGAUUGCCGGAGAAUCCUAUUCCGUGAUCAUGUCCUCGGGAGACUUUUUCAAUGAUAUAAGCAACCCCCAACCAGUUGUCCAAGUUGGUGCCAGUGGCAGCUCAGGCUCAGUCCAAUGGACCGACAUGGUUGUAGCGACACAAGGCAUCCAAGCGGGUGCCACAUUGAUCGAGUGGAACUUGGCCGCUUCAUCAGGAUCCGGGAUUUGGGAUGUUCACACGCGUAUCGGUGGCUUCGCCGGGUCAAAUCUGCAGGCUUCUCAAUGCCCAACGACUAGCACCACUUGUCUUGGGGCGUAUAUGAGCAUGCAUGUUACCACUGGGGCAUCUGGCGUUUAUCUUGAGAAUGUGUGGUUGUGGACCGCAGAUCAUGAUAUUGAUAGUUCAGCCAACACCCAAAUCAGUAUCUACACUGGACGUGGACUCUUGAUUGAGAGCACAAAUGGACCUGUCUGGCUUGUCGGCACUGGAGUAGAGCAUCACAGCCUUUACCAAUACCAAUUCUCCAACACCGAAAACAUAUUCGCAGCCCAACUCCAAACGGAAACACCCUACUACCAGCCCUCCGCCUCCUCAAUGCCAUACCCCGUAGUACCCGAGCUCAACGACCCGGACUUCGCCACCUCGUGCGCCUCGUCCACGACCGGGAACUGCGAGAUGGCCUGGGGGCUGCGCAUCCUCGACUCGUCGAAUAUCAUGGACUACGGAUCGGACCACUACAGCUUCUUUUCCGCGUACUCCACGGCGUGCUCUACGGAUCCGGCGACAGGUUCUGCGGGGCCGCAGAACUGCCAGAAUAGCAUUGUGUCGCUCGAGGGCACGAAUGGGGCGGUAAAUAUUUAUGGGCUGAGUACAGUCGGGGCACUGAGUAUGCUGGAUGUGGCUGGGACGCCGGAGGUUCCGUUUGGGGUUAACAAGAAUGUUUUUAAUAAUCUUGUGUCGAUGUAUAGGUCCGGGUCUGAGCUGAACCAGUGUAGAUAA